GUGAGGUAUUCUAGCCAGGCAAAACUUUGGGAACCAGGCAUAGUCCGAGGCCGUUUUUACUUUGGAUUUCAGUCUAUCCACCUGCCAAUCACUACCAUCUCCGCCAUUAUUGGUAGACCGGCAACUCUGAGCUCCAUCCAAAUUGGAGCAUGCGGGUAUUGAUCCGAGCUCAAGCCUCCAAUCAAUGGCGGAAAGGGAGAUGACCAGAAUGGGGAGCCUCCAAUCAAGAUUCAAGAACUGGUGGGGUUUUGAUGGAGCAUGUGGCAGCUCUUACCCUUCAUCAUGUCUUCUUUUUUCAACUUUCAAAACUGGGAUCCAAUUGGUCAUCCUUCUCCAAUCUCCAGUAAGAUUCCAAGAUCUUUUGAUGUGCGCGAGGAAUGGAGUGCUGAAUCUUUCAGUAUGCAAUGAGGCGUUAAAUAUUACAGGCAACGAUGCGACGGGAAGAAAUACUAGCAAAUAUGAUGCCAUCAUUGACGUUUGUGGUGGAACUAAAAGAGAGGAUGGUGCUGGUGUUGAUGGUUAUUCAAGCAAAUGCAAUUUUGUUUCAGCAAAUACCUAAGAACUCAAAGAGCUAACUGCAGGCAAUGUGCCAUGUUUUCAAAAAACAAUCCAGUUUUUUGGGCAAUGUUUGUUUUUUGGCAGUUAUGCAUAGUCAGGUUUUGGUCAAUGCUAGUAAGAACGGCAAGGAAGAAGAUGCAGUUCAAAUGGUUUUUCAGAUAUAAAUUGCAGAUGAGAAUAUUUUGAUUUCAGACAAUGAGUUUGAUGUUUCCUAAUAUAUCUUUGGGUCAAUCCAUGAAUGGAUUUGAUGUUUCUUAAUAUAUUAUAAUCUGCCUCAA